GAGGAUCUAAAUGGCAAUAGCUUCUUUCGUGACGACCACAGCAACUAGCACAGAACCACCCUUUCCUUUCGCUCCACUCUCUCACCAACCGGUCAACUCAGUCCUCGACUCGCAGUCAUCGGCGCCGAUCGUAGACUUCCAGUGCGGUUAUUGGAGACCUCGGUUAUUGGAGACCUCCGUAAGUUGCAGAAGUGCUAUGGAUACACAUGAUUGGAGGGCUCAAUUACUUCCUCAUAUUCGCCACAGAAAAGUCAAUGAAAUAAUGAGUAUAUUGAAAUCGUAUCAGUCUGACGGUGAUGAUGAUGAUGAAUUACUUGAAUUUCUAAAAAGUGCACAAGGUUUUGAGCAGAAGACUUAUGCUGGCGCAACUAGCCAGGAAGAUUAUUUACAGAAAAUAUCUUCAAUGUUGCAGUUAAUAAGUGAAAAGUAUUGGACGGCUGGACUGCAACCUGAUAGUCGCGGAAGAAUCAUCAACAGAAUAUUGGAAACAUUAAGAAGACAUCUUCCUGUUUCUGGCCAAGAGGGAUUAGAUGAACUUCGUAAAAUUGCUGCAAGAUUUGAGGAGAAGAUUUACAAUGCAGCAACGGGCCAGGCUGAUUAUCUUCGGAGAAUAUCAUUGAAGAUGCUGACAAUGGAAAAUAGAGGCCAAAACACCAUAGCUAACUCUAUGCGAUCAAACCUUGGUGACAAUGGUGAUGGACCUUCAGAUACAGGGUCUGUUACUGUUAGGCGGGCUCAAGUGCUUGGAGGGCAGGUGGCACCAUCAGAGGGAGAGAGAAAUGCUUCAGGAAGACAAUCUAUAAGAAAAAGGAAGCGGCCUCAGUGGCUAGCUGAUUUUGUCACCAAUCUAUAGAUAGCUGAUUUUUUUUUUCCUUUGUUUUUUAUCGAUAGCUGUAUUUUCAUAUACUCGUUGUCUCAUUUCCUCAGGCCAUUGCAAAUAAUGUGGACCAAAUGUUAAUGGCCAGGCCACUAUUUCGAUUGUAGUGUCCUCUGUAUGUCCUCUGUAGUGUGUCGUUUUGCAAUAUUGGCUUAUAGGGCCUUUGAUGUAAUGACUAAUGAGAAGGAAUGCUUGCAUAGGA